AUGUUUGAUAAUUUUAUUAUUGUCAAUAAACCAUUCGAUAUUUUGAUUAACAGCGAUGAUAGCAAACCCACUGUUCAAACGUUACUAAAAGACACCUUUCCAAACUUGGCCAAUUCCGAUUUUCAUGAAUUCCAUUUUGCAAAUCGUUUAGAUUAUUCGACAAGUGGUGUUAUGUGCAGCAUAACAAAGACAUCAUGCUCGGCAGCUGUGAAAGCUUUUGAGAAAAGACAUGCCAAAAAAUAUUAUUUGGCAUUACUCAGAGGAGGCGUUGGUGAAGAUAGGAGGCAUGUGAAAGGUUCCCACAAAAUGUGUGUAGCAUCUGAUGAGAAUUGUCAGUCCCCACGUGAUGCAAGUACUAAAAUUAUGAUAUUAUCAAAAGGCUUGUAUAAUGGAAAAGAAGCUACUAAAGUUUUGAUUAGGCCGCACACAGGCAGAAGACAUCAAAUACGUGUCCAUUGUCAGUUUAUUGGUCAUCCUAUAAUUGGGGAUUACACAUACGGUCGAUCAGAGGAUAAAAGGCCUUAUAGAAUGUUUUUACAUUCAUACAGAUUGAUUUUACCAAAUGAGAUUGAGGAUUUAGAUGUCCAAUCUAAGGAUCCAUUUGCAGAAUCUGAUCCAAAAAUCAAAUGGGUCCCUAAAGAUGUUAUAAAUAAAUUGGAAGAAUCAUCGUUUGAGAAAAUAAAUAGAGAUAUGAUGAAUGAAAUUUGUAGAAAUUGA